AUGUUGAAGCCGACGAUCAAGGGAGUUCGUGAGCUCACUUUGCCCUAUAUGAGUUUCGAGUACUGUAAUGUUUACAGAGGCACCUAUGGCGCGGCUGUCCCGUGGAUUCAUCGUCACCCGGAUGCUGUUGUCAUCUUGUGGAACAAGGGAGAUUAUGAUCAUGUCUUUUUCGUGACGAUGUCGCAGUUGCUCCCUUGUCUCAAGGAUAUGAAGCCUGACACGUGGUCCAUGAUAGUGUUUUGGAGUGAAAGUGGCAGGUAUGUUCGAAGAACAGGACCGGACGUUGGUCUUGACUUUACGGACCAACCUGUGCCAGCAUACGAUGAAAACGGUGAUGAUGGCACCUAUCCAGGUUAUGAUGAUCCCGUUACUGAUGAGAUGCCAGUCGAUGAUGAGGAUAUGCCUCCGCCUGUUCCGGUUGGCUCGGAUCUUGACAAUGCUCCUGUUGAGUUGCAGGUAGGCGGAGGACCGCCGCCACAUCCACCUGGAGGCGGCUCGUCAGUGCCGGUACCAGGAGGUGAUGCUGCGGAUCCAGACUUGGAUGAUUUUGAGAGUGAAGAUCACGGGCCUUCUCCUCCUCCUAGAGGCGGCCCGUCGGGCCAGGACCUGGUUAUCAUCCUUCGCAGGAUGAUGAGGACUUACCUCAGUCGACGGAAUAUCCUGACGAACCACCUCCGCCCGGUAAUCCACCGGGAGGUUCUGGAGCAGUCCUGGCUAAAGAAGCUGCUAGAUCGGGCGAAGUCGCUCCUUCCGUUGGGGCGAUACCUCCUCCGCCACCUUUGCCCAGAGGCAUCUUGGCAUAACAUGGGACCUGCAGUUUGGGAGGUGGUGCCACCGCCUCCACCGUUGCCUCCUGAGAUGACGGUGAGGCCACAGACUUCAGCUUCUGCGUCCCACAUCGUCUCAGAAGGGUCGGAGGAGACUGCACGAAGCAUUCAAGAUCUGCCAAAGCUGGACAUUUCCAAGGGCAACGCGGAGGAUGCUGGAAUGAUCCUUGGAGAUUGGCUUGAAGCCAAUGAUGGCGGGGAUAUCGGCCAUGGCUUCCGCAUGGUGGGAGCAAGAGCAGUGCUCAUGCUGGCGGCCUUACCUGCAGAUGUCAAGGAAGAAAUGGUAACCAUCCGUGCGGCGCAAACCAUUCCUAUGCUGUUUCGGUUGCUGACAAAGUAUCAACCGCGAGGCCCCGAGUCCAGAGCUCAGGAGUUGAAGCUUGCACUCCCUGACCCAACAUUGCUGGUUAAAGCACUGGACCAGAUUACAGCUGCAGUGAUUGCUGGGCAAAGCUUAUUCCGCCUGUCCACCUUUCGAUUGGAAAACAAGAUCGACUACGCCCCUACGUUGACUUCGGCAAAGUCCUUAGCACAGAUGCUCUUGGCAGAACUGGAAAUGGUGACCAGCUCCGAGCUUGGAGGACCACCAAAAGGCGCCGCCGCCAAGAAAAACAGUGACAAAGCCACAGAAGCUAAGGGCAGGGGAAAGACGAAGGCAAAGCCCAAGCCUCGUGAGCAGGAUGACCCAGCGUCUUCCACGACUUCCGCUUCGUCCUCGACGGCACAGGCAACCUUUCAGGAGGCAUCCGAACUCAUCAAGACGAUGAGACUGCCAGCAUUGCGGGGCGAAACCGACGGCUGGGGACUACUGGAUGGAGGAGCUACAGCUUGCCUGAGGAAGGCAAAUCCAAUCGGGAAUUUCAACGAGCUACUCCUAACGGUGGCCCUAGCUACAGGCUCUGUACAACUUCGGGUUAACGACGCUGGCACACUGCUGUCAAAUGACCCCUCCACGAGUCCCAUUGUUGCCAUGCGUGAGCUAAUCCAGCUGGGAAUAGGGGUGACCUGGGAUCAAGGUGGUAUCUGCGCCAAAGUUCCGAAGUUUGGCCAGCUUCCAGUACGAUCGGUGACAGGAUGUCCGGAAGUUCCAGAAGCUUUGGCAUUGCAACUCAUCGAUGACAUUGAGCAAAAGAAGCGAGAAAAGUUGGCCUUCGUGAGGGCGCUGCGAACCAAUCAUAGCGACAGAGCUGGCCUGGAGCAAGAAGGGGUGAUGAUGUUCGAAGAUCCAGUGGUCAUGAAACGUUGGUUGCAAGACCAGUUUUCGCAGCUGCCGGAGGAGGUCAUUGCCAAAACCCGGGGCUUCUUUCAGCAGUAUCUGGAUGGCAAGGGCAUGGAUGGUAUCCAAGCAAUGGGGAAUGAUCCUCAAGACCAACUUGGCAAGUCUGAGCUCGGUCCUCGCGACCUGCGAGCUGUGGAGAAGGAGAAUGUCCUGGUCUUGAGGCAGCUAGUGCUGUACAUGAUCGCAGAAGAAGCAAGGAGGCUUCAUGACAACAGCCAGGCAGGGGGCUUGGUGUCGGAACACAAGGCGCCAAACAAUGAGGAGAACAACGAAGCUUCGAGACCGGAAAUCUGGAAUUGGCCAGAAGUGCGACACGUCAAACAAAAUACAACUUGGAAAAAAUUGGAAGUCGACUUUGGCGAUUUGGGUCACCGGACCUUGAAACGGCAAGGACUGCUGGUGUCGCAGAAGUUGCACUUCGAUGAGAUUUCAAUGGUGAACUGCAAAGAAUGUGGUUCGUUGGAGGAAGGAAUGGAUCCUCAAGAAAUGACCAAAGGGCAUGAGUGGCCUGAUGGUUUGAAGUGGGCAGUCCUACAAUUGCUGCUGCGCUUAGUCCCGGGGGGGCUGUCAAUCCAUCGUCUGGAUACCAAGUUCCGACAACAUGUUGCCCAGGGCCAUAUUCCUUUUCGUCGCGAUUGCCUACAUUGUCUAGCAGGUGGAGCCAAGGACGGCCAGCGUCGGAGACUGCCUAUCAGCGAAGCCUACACGAUCAUGUGUGGUCCCUACAUGUGCACGAUGGUUUACAAGAUUCCGGUCUUUGCAAAUCUGGAGCCGGAACCAACCGUUGAAGUUCCUGAAGGAGGUGAACAAGCUGAAAAGCCCAGCUCUUCAGAGGCGGCCAACGACCCAGGAUCUUUGCUGGACGAAGAAGGUUUGGUGGGAGUGGACACCCAGUUGCUGUUGGACGAAGGGACGCCGGAUUACGAACCGGACCUGGAUGAUGAGCGGUGUUCCCAAUUGGAUGAGCCACUGCAACCUCAGGCAAAAGAUGAAGAGGCCGUCGUCCCAAAGAACUAUGGGCUGGACUGCGACGAGGACUGGAAUGAUGAGGCUCCGGUGAGUGGUGGGAACACAAUGAAGAAACGCCUCAUUCCGGGACAAGCUGAAGCCUGGAAGCAAUAUCUGGUCAAGGCUCGAGAACAAGCAGACGCAGUGGCUCCUCAAGACCUGAAGUUGGACAAGCUGCAGAUGGUGGAGCUAACCUUCGCUGAGCCUGCGAGACAAAACCCCAGCAUCUGUGGUUGGAGCCAUAGGAUAGAGGAAUCUUUCAAACCUGUGGACAAGGUGGUGCCUACAAGCAAAUGGCAGGGCAGAAGCUGCGGUCGGUAUAUGCAAAAUGGGCCACAAGGACAUUGCUGCAUGGAGAAACUUCGGCCAAGCGACUAUGGCCGGGCGCAUGGCGAUGGGUGGCUGAGCGACGCCAGGGCCAAGGGCACGACUGGGUAUGUGGGAAAUGACUUCUUCACGACUACUACGCUGUUUCAGAAUGUGCAAAUGGCAGGCACUGGUGCAAUCUCGGCCUUAGAUGAGGUGGGAGUGGAUGCAGUGCCACCACGACAGCGAGCCCGCGGCAAGCAGGGUCUGGCCUCGUUGUCUGGCCUCGUUGUCGGUAGCACCGGCGGUCUUGACCUGUCCGGAACAUGA